AUGAAGCGGCUGCCUUCUGUGGUGCUGAAGCUCCUUCUGGCUACAGCGCUCUCAGCGUUGGUGACCGGCGAAAGCCUGGAGCGAAUUCGGAGAGGACUGGCAGUCGGUACCGGCAAUCCGGACCCGCCCACCGAAUCCACAGACCGGCUGCUGCACCCGGGAGAUGGCCAGGAACGGAAAGUGAUGGACUUGGAUGAAGCAAACCUGGACAUUUUCAGAGUUGCUUUUUCCUCCAAGCCACAAGCUCUGGUCACUCCAAGCAAGGAGGAAUAUGGGAAAAAAAAGAAGAAGGGUAAGGGGCUAGGGAAGAAGAGAGACCCCUGUCUUCGAAAAUACAAGGAUUUCUGCAUCCAUGGAGAAUGCAAAUAUGUGAAGGCGCUCCGGACUCCUUCUUGCAUCUGUCAACCAGGUUACCAUGGAGAGAGGUGUCAUGGGCUGAGCCUCCCAGUGGAAAACCGCUUGUAUUCCUAUGACCACACAACCAUCCUGGCUGUGGUAGCUGUGGUGUUGUCUUCUGUCUGUCUACUCGUCAUUGUGGGCCUUCUCAUGUUUAGGUAUCAUAGGAGAGGAGGUUACGAUGUGGAAAAUGAAGAGAAGGUGAAGUUGGGCAUGACUAAUUCCCACUAG